ACACGUCUGUGUACACCACCCUGUUGAAAGGAAAAGGUUUCAAAACACCAUGACUGGUUCCAGCUGUAACUAGGGUUGUUUUUUAAAGGUGUUUCUUGUUUAGUCAGUCUUUGGAAUCUUUACUGUUUGAUAGCGUAUCAGUUUAUGUCAUAUGAGAUUUCUUUAUUAGGUGUGUAUAUAUUCCAUACUGUUCACAAAAGCCACUUUCCAUGAGUUACCAAUUAGAGGUGCAUUUUAUGCCAUUUUAUUCACAUUUUGAAUUCUUUCAGGGGGACAAGUUGGACUUGUUCCUUCAGUGGAGACGGAAACCAUAGCCAUGUUCUUUCAGGUUUCUAAUAAAUCCUUCAUGGUCACCGGCCAUUUGUAAUUAUUAACUUAACACGAGUUCAGUGACCUUUCAUACACUUUGGGAGGCAUAUUUCAUGAUGCUUACUCCUGGAUAGUAUAUCGUAAGUUAGAUUCCAAUAUCGAUAUUAAUGUUUCAUACACCAAGACCCACUAAAAUUCUAAUAUACUAAUAGUGCCUAGGGUUCGGAAAUUGCUCGGAGCAUCUGAACCUUCUGAAAGCAACUGUGCGUCAUAAGUAUGCGAUGCAGGAGCGAGUGAAGCGCCUGGAUUUCGCGACCCCACAUGGUUAUUCCCACGUGCGCUCUCCCGUCCUUAUUGACAAGACGAGAUGCGACCGCAGGUGCUCGCGCUUCGCGCGAUGUGUCUCCUGGGUUUUCUACGUCCGGCUACUUUUCAAACCCAAGAAGUUUGCCUGGGAACCAAGAAUGGGCUCAGUUUUACAGACAGCUACGCCCAGCACUACAGUAACCUGAAGGAGCGCUACACUGGCUGUGAGAUCAUCUUGGGCAACCUGGAAAUCAACCUUAUGGAGCAUGACUUUGAUUUCUCUUUCCUAGGAAGUAUCCGGGAGGUGACAGGCUACGUCCUCAUUACCACAAACCAGUUCAGCCGGCUGCCUCUGGAGCAGCUGCGGGUGAUCCGCGGCAGCACCCUCUACGAAAAGGCCUGGGCCCUGUCUGUCUUCCUCAACUUCGAGGGCCAGUAUGGCCUGGUCAACCUGGGUCUCACACACCUAACAGAGAUCCUAAAAGGGGGUGUGCAGAUUAUUAAUAAUAAGUACCUAACUUACGCGCCCUGGAUCAACUGGCAGGACAUUAUGAGAGACGGCGGCGCCCGUAUUGAGAUCUUCGAUAAUGGCCAAAAAGGGCCGUGCCAUUCAGACUGCAAAGACUACUGCUGGGGUCCAACCAAAGAGGAGUGUCAGACCUUGACGAAAACGGUGUGUGCGCCACAGUGCCACGGACGGUGUUUCGGGACUAGUCCGCAGGACUGUUGCGACAUCGAGUGUGCAGGAGGCUGUACAGGCCCUCUGAAUACCGACUGCUUUGCGUGCCAACACGUGAACCAUUCAGGGGCGUGUGUGUCUCACUGCCCCCAGCCGCUCAUCUACAACAGGCAGACGUUCCAGCUGGAGCCCAACCCAGACGCGAUGUACCAGUACGGCUCAGUCUGUAUGCACAAGUGCCCCGAUCAUUUUGUGGUGGAUGGCAGCGCAUGCGUGAGUAGCUGCCCUCCUGAUAAAAUGGAGGUCGAAAGUAAUGGAAUAAAGCAAUGUGAGCUUUGCAAUGGCCUCUGCCCAAAAGUGUGUGAGGGGACAGAUCCUGACAAGCCCCACAGACAGACUGUAGACUCCAGUAACAUUGACAGUUUCAUUAACUGCACUGAGAUCCAGGGUAGUCUACAUUUUCUCAUCACGGGCAUUAAGGGGGAUUUCUAUAAUAAAAUACCACCACUGGAUCCCCAGAAGCUCAAAGUCUUCAGUACUGUAAGAGAAAUAACAGGAAUUUUAAAUAUCCAGUCUUGGCCAGCGGAGCUCAGUAAUCUGUCUAUUUUCUCCAACCUCACCACUAUACGUGGAAGGUCCCUCCAACCGCCCUUCUCUCUGCUGGUAAUGAAAGUGGACACCCUUACAUCUCUCGGCUUGCGGUCUCUGCGAGAGAUCAGUGAUGGUAGUGUGUACAUCAGCAAUAACACUAACCUGUGUUACCAUCACACUGUGGACUGGACACAGGUCUUCACAAGUGCCCGCCGCCAGCGCAGGCGAAACAAUGACAUCAAGUACAACAAACCCCAGAGCGAGUGUGAGGCAGAGGGUUGUGUGUGUGAUCCACUCUGCUCUAAUGCAGGCUGCUGGGGCCCUGGACCAGAGCAGUGUCUGUCUUGCAGGAAUCACAGUCGCCAUGGCACCUGCGUGGCUCAGUGUAACAUCCACACUGGAGAGCCGCGGGAGUUUGCAAAGUUUGAUGGGGAAUGUGGUGCUUGUCACACUGAGUGUCUACCACAGCAAGGGAGAGCAACGUGCAGGGGAGAGGGCGCAGACGAGUGUGUGGCAUGUUCUAACCUUAUGGAUGGCCCUCACUGUGUGUCCGCCUGUCCUAAUGGCUUAAAUGGGGAGAGAGGGCAAGCCAUCUUUAAAUACCCCAAUGCCACAGGGCAUUGUAAGCCCUGCCACCCCAACUGUACAAGGGGAUGUAAUGGCCCAACUCUGAGAGAUUGUGUAGACUCUGACAGAGCUGAGCACAGUCCUGCUGUUGCAGUGAUAGUGUUUGGAGUGCUUGCCGGCCUCAUCGUGUGUCUGGCGGUGGUGGUCCUCUCACUGCUGUACCACAGAGGCCUAGCCAUCCGCCGCAAGAGAGCCCUCAGGAGAUAUCUGGAGAGCGGUGAGAGCAUAGAGCCACUGGAUCCAGGCGAAAAGGGCACAAAGGUUCACGCUCGCGUCCUGAGAGCUUCUGAACUGCGAAAGAGCAAACCCCUGGGCUCCGGAGUCUUUGGCACUGUACACAAGGGUGUCUGGAUUCCUGAAGGGGACUCUGUGAAGAUACCUGUUGCUAUAAAGACCAUACAAGACCGCAGUGGACGCCAGACCUUUACUGAAAUCACAGACCACAUGCUGGCCAUGGGCAGCCUGGAUCACCCGUAUAUAGUUCGUCUUCUGGGCAUGUGUCCCGGGCCCAGCCUACAGCUGGUCACUCAGCUGAGCACACAGGGCUCCCUCCUGCAGCACCUCCGCCAGAACGCCCACAGCCUGGAUCCACAGCGGCUCCUCAACUGGUGCGUGCAGAUAGCCAAGGGGAUGUUCUAUCUGGAAGAGCACCGCAUGGUCCAUAGGAACCUCGCCGCUCGCAACGUUCUGCUGAAGAGUGACUACAUUGUGCAGAUCUCAGACUUUGGGGUUGCAGACCUGCUCUAUCCUGAUGAUAAGAAGUAUGUCUACUGUGAACACAAGAAUCCAAUAAAAUGGAUGGCAUUAGAGAGCAUCCUGUUCAGGAGAUACAGUCACCAGAGUGAUGUCUGGAGUUACGGUGUGACCGUGUGGGAGAUGAUGUCGAAUGGGGCAGAGCCUUACGCAGCCAUGCAUCCCCACGAUGUGCCUGGUCUGUUGGAGAAGGGAGAGAGGCUGGCCCAGCCUCAGAUCUGCACAAUCGACGUCUAUAUGGUCAUGGUUAAGUGCUGGAUGAUUGAUGAGAACAUUAGGCCAACCUUCAAAGAGUUGGCUAAUGAGUUCACAAGAAUGGCAAGGGAUCCACCCCGUUACCUCGUUGUGAAAAAUGAACGAAAUAGAGCGGUGCCAGAUGAAAGCCUUCCACGAGAACUCAAGCUGGCAGAGGUACACCUAGAGAGUGAUGAUGAGGAGGUAUUGGAUGAUGGGCUUGCCACUCCUCCACUCCACCUAUCACCAUCAAGGAGUCACUCCCGCCUGCGAAUCGGCUCCUAUAGGCAGAGUAGUUCAGGUCAUUCUGUACCAGUGGGGUAUCUGCCCAUGACCCCAAGUCCUGGGGAUCACUCCAGACAGCUGUGGGCCCAAAGGAAACGUCUGGGAUCGACCAGGACUGCCUCUGAAAGCUCAGAGGGAAGGAGCACCAUGGCUGACUUGGAGAUGAGCGACAUCACCUCUCAGACAGGAAGCUUGCGCAGGGGUCGCAGUCGAAUUGACAGCGCAUACAUAUCCAACUGCACGUCUGUGGGAUCUGUCCCCUUCUCACCUGGCACGGAAGCAUCUGAAGAGGACCCUGAUGGAUAUGUCCUGCCCCAGAGCAUCCACAGCUCGGAAAGAGAUGCCCUGGUUUUGGAACCUGGCUCUGGAGUCAGAAUGCUGAAGGCUGGUUCUGGAAAUAGCCUUCCACGAAGCAGACCACCGCAAAACACCUGGAAUCAUCUGUCCCCCUUAGUCCCCAUUGCAAACCCCUCACAAGAAUAUGAACUGAUGAACACACAGCUCACCAUGCUCCCCUGCCCACCCAGAGACAGCACUGAUGUACCCGCCUCACUGUUGAGGCAAUCCUCCUGCACUGAUCCUCUGACCUGCGGUACCAGCCUUUCACCAGAGGAAGUCUCUGGGUCUGCUGAUACCCAAAAGAGGGUCGAGUGCAACGACGCUCACAAUGAAGAUACUGCAGCCCACGAGGAUAGACCUGUGCCAGUAGCCAGAGACGGGCAAAGAGAGCCUUCUGAAGGCACGUCUGAAGACUGUGCAGAUAUAGCGGAGGCUCUGCCCCAGCAAGUCGUGGUAGAGUAUGAAUACAUGGACAUCAGGACAGAGCCAAAGCCAGAGCAGCCCCAGAGCGGCUCUGAGGUGAGGACGGGAAGCUCUGGUGAGAAGGACAAAAAAUCGAACAGCAAGUGUGAGGCGAACAGACAGCCAAAUGAAGACGCCAUUUACCAGAACACUUGCGAGCUACCUGCACUGAAUGGCAAUGCAAACAAAAGGACAGGCAGGGAGCCAGCUGUUAAUGGUCACCUGGAUGAGUACGAGGACAUGGGUGCUUGCGGGAGAGCUCACAUGUGCGGUGAUCAGGUGGUGUAUCAGAACAUGCCGACAAAGGGGAGGAUUGCAUCAGGAGAGGAGCUACAUGGAGCAAAACUGAGGGCCUUCCGAGGUGUGUGUGCAGGGAUGGAUGACAAAGGGAACACUUCAUUUGACAACCCUGACUACUGGCACAGCAGACUGUUUCACAAAUCAGACGCUGUUUGUACAUAAUAAAUUGAAGGAGUUGAUGGACUGUAGCAACUGGUUUGCUCAUGGUUUCUCAGGUCUUUAAUAUGAUUUAUGGUAAUGCCAUCAAGCUACAGUGACAAUAGAAAUAGUGUGCCAACACUAAAAGUGAAAGUAAUUUCCAUAAAUAAGAAGACGACAGUAGUCAGUAAUAUGGCCAGUUAACAAGCCAACUGAUGUAGUGUGUGUGAUGGGCUGAUCAUGAGCGUGAAGGUCAGUUGUUUUGAAGUUUUUCAAAAAAUUCAGUGUUUGUGUAUGUGUUUUAUAUGCAAGCCAGUGUUUCCUAGUGUUGGGGGAAAAAAAUUGUCUAUUUUCUGUAUACUGUGUGAAUCUGUCAAUAAAAUAAUGUUUAAUAAGACAACGUGUAGGCCAUCAACCAUAUUGUUCCGAAGGGUGGGGGGAAUUGACAUAUAAAAGUAAAAAAUCUGAAUGUCCACAUAUACUGUGGUUCUGUAAUAAACACGUUACUAAUCUGA